AUGCGAGGGCGCCGCGGCCCCUCCCGUAGAGGGGAGAAAUCCUACCGAAGUGGGGAACUAUCCUCCAUCGAUGUCCGUCGGAGAAAUCUCCCAGACCCUAAAUGUUUAUUUGUUGGUAACCUGCCAUUCAGCUGUUCUACGGAAGAUGUGCUAAAGAUCUUUCAAAGAUACCGGUGGGUUGUUGAGGUUUACCUUCCGUUUUUCCCAGGCACGUCCAAGCCCAGGGGAUAUGGAUUCGUUCGCUUCUGCUAUGAAGAUGAUGCAAAGGCUGCAAUGGGUGUUCUCCAUGGAAAAAGGAUCGAUGGCAGGGAGGUCACGGUAAAGAAUGCCCGUUCGAAACCCAUUCCGCGUUCCUCCAUCAGCAAUGCUUCCGGCCCACAGAUCUCUCAACCUCAGCAAACAGAGCACAUCAAAGAUAAGGGUUUCUCUCAUCUUCCUCAUCCCAUCCCUCUUUCAGUUUCCAUGUCAAGCACCUCCCCAGACUCAACUCUGAUCAUGCCCCUCUUUUAUUGA